GUCGGCUCCCGGUGUGCUCGGCUCCCGGUGGGCUACGCGUCCGGCGAGUCCCAGCCGAGAGUCCCCGCCGAGCCUCCGGAUGCCCGCGCGCGGCGGGGCCCAGCUUUCCCGCAGAUUGGGGCAAAAAAGGCAGCGGCUGUUGGAGGCAGAGCGGCAUCAGAGCCCCCCAGAUGGAGCCUGGACGCCUUCCCCCACAGAGCCCCAUGUGGGGCUGCCUGUGACCCUGGGCCCCCAGCGCAGUAUCUACUUCUCAAGCCCAAACAGCCGCCCUGCUCGACUGGGAUCCGAGUUUUUCGACCAGCCUGCAGUCCCCCUGGCCAGGGCAUUUCUGGGACAGGUCUUGGUCCGGCGACUCGACGAUGGCACAGAGCUCCGCGGCCGCAUCGUGGAGACUGAGGCGUACUUGGGGCCAGAGGAUGAAGCUGCCCACUCGAGGGGUGGCCGGCAGACCCCCCGCAACCGCAGCAUGUUCAUGGAGCCAGGGACCCUGUAUGUGUACCUCAUCUACGGCAUGUACUUCUGCAUGAAUGUCUCUAGCCGAGGGGAUGGGGCGUGCGUCCUGCUGCGAGCGCUAGAGCCCCUGGGGGGCCUGGAGACCAUGCGGCAGCUUCGCAGCACCCUCCGGAAAGGUGCUGCCAGCCGGGCCCUCAAAGACCGUGAGCUCUGCAGUGGCCCCUCCAAGCUGUGCCAGGCCCUGGCCAUCGACAGGAGCUUUGACCAGCGGGACCUGGCCAAGGACAAGGCUGUGUGGCUGGAGCGUGGCCCCCCGGGGUCCAGUGAGCCAGCUGUGGUGGCAGCAGCCCGAGUGGGCAUUGGCCACGCAGGCGAGUGGGCCCAGAAACCCCUGCGCUUCUACAUCCAGGGGAGCCCCUGGGUCAGCGUGGUCAACAGAGCAGCCGAGCGGAACAUGCAGGCCUGAGUAAGGGCCUACUCAGACAAAGCUUUUUAAUUGUUUAAAAACCAAAUAAAUGCUUCCUUUCUAGAAAA